AAACUCCGGUCCGAUACCUAAACCCGACACCGCGAAGUUCACUGUUCUAUAGGAGGAUCCCCUUGCUGUGUGGGCAAGGACAAAGGUUCAUCGUGAUAUGUAUUUUUCAAGAAAUACCGACUUUGUCGCACAACUUCUCCUAAACCUGCGAUAUCGGCGUCUACGGACAUCUCAUCUCGUGAUCUUUAACUUUGUAAUUCAUUUGCCUGGGAUGUUUACACCUAUGUGGAGUAAGAGAGCAAGAUUGGUCUUCUUCUACCUCUGCGUCAUACUAGUCUUGACCUUCAUCUUCGUCCACUUUCUGUUCAAUGGAAAUCGCUUCCAAGUCACCUUCCGUCACAAGAAAGUUGCUAUUGCUGUGACUCGUGCCAAGUACAUGCCCUUGUCUAAACAUGACCUUCUCUGUGAACUUAAGAACAGGGUGUGGUUUAAGACACUCCCAAGUACAGAAGGCCCAUUUAAGGCCCUGAACUACUCCCUAUUGGAACCAAAGAACACCUUGUACCAGUUGCACCAUGACGGCUUCAAGACAUGUGCUGCAGUGAUGAACUCUGCAGCUAUUCUAGGAUCAAAUCUAGGAGAGGAAAUAGAUUCUCAUGAUGCAGUGAUGAGGUUCAACAACGCACCACUGUCGGAGGAAUACAGGGCGGAUAUUGGUGUGAAAACCACCCUGCGCCUGAUGAACUCACAGCUCCUCGCCGACCCGAGUUUUAACUUCUUCACAGAUCCUAUCUACAGGAACAUCACCAUGAUUGUGUGGGACCCUGCAGCUUACACUGGGGACAUGGAAGAGUGGUACCAGAAUCCUGAUGCCAACUUCUUCAGCUCAUAUGAGCAGCGGAGGAGGAUGUUCCCCAGGGAGAACCUGUAUAUUACAGAUCCUCGCUUCUACUGGGAGCUGUGGGACGUCCUACAGGAGAACACUGAGGCCAUGAUCCAUCCCAACCCACCCUCCUCAGGCUUCCAAGGUAUUGCGGUUAUGCUGUCCCUGUGCGACCAGUUGGACGUGUACGAGUUUGUCCCAUCGGAGCGGAUCUCCAUGAAAUGUCACUACUACGAGAAGUGGAAGCUGAACCCAGCCUGUACCCUGGGCUGGUGGCACGACCUUCGCGCAGAGAAAUACUUCAUCCUCCGCAUGAACCAGGGUACCAAGGACGACAUCACCAAAAAGGGAAAAGUGACUCUAAGUGGAUAUCGUGCUAAUGACUGUAAAGCUACGUCACAUGCACCUGCACUUACUUCUCUCAACAGAGGACUUCAACUACCUUCAAGGAAUUAGCCUUUUUCAGGGAAAUGUUACAACGUUCAAGGAUGUUGCUGUAUUAUGAUGGUGCUAAUGAUCUGAACCUGCACCUUUCCACAUUUGCCAUUGUGCUUUCAAUGAACAGGCCAAAGCGGUGUAGCAUUUUCUAAGAAGAGAAUUUUAAUUAGCAUUGGACCAUAUUUGUGGUAAGUUAGAUACUGCUAGGCUGACAUGACAGACACAAUUUUCAAGUCAAAUAUUGUCGGGAUGCCAUAUCUAAACAGAAGUUAUGUUAGGAAACAACCAUGAUUUUUUACUCUGUCGGGCUGCAAUAACAUUAAGAGCCAUGUUAUAUUACUCAGUUAUUGAGUAGUUUACUUGUUAAGCUCACAUAUUUGCAAUGGUUUUAACUCAGAUACUGUUGGCAUUACAUACAAAGUAAUUUGUUGUAACAGCCACAUUUCAAUAAGUGUUUGCAAAUACCUGUUGUUGCAAUUUUGAGCGAGAGCAUUUUGCUAUGUGAAUUAUAUCAGCCAUAAGGGCCUAGACAACUGUUUUCUACAGUAUUCAUCAAUGUCUAUACAUUCGUGUUGAACAUCAACUCAUUGUAUUGCUGUGGGAACAGCAGUCAUGAUUUUACUCAACACUACAACACAGUAUCUAGUCUUUAACCUAGCUAGGCACUUAGUGGAAUUUGGCUCUGAUAAAUCCAUACAACAUAAAACACUAUGUUUGCACCUGUCUCCUAUUUCAGCUAAGAACAAGAGAGUGACAAUGGAUCUCACACUUAUAGCUUGAAAAUAUUUAAUACUACUUGGAAAUUGUUUUAAGCAAUUGCCUUAUGAAAUAAUGUCAAAUAGAUGAUGGCUAUCUUUAGUAGUUCAUUAAAGCUUUAUCAGUACUUAGUAUUAGUACAAUAGUUUGUCCUGGAUGCUUCAACUAAACAAGUAAUCUUGAAGACAAAAUGGCAGUGAAGACUGCAAAAGAUUCUUU